UUAUUUGUUAUGCCUUCAACCCGGAUGUUGUGUUGACGAACAACACAUGUAACGAUUGUUUUGUAGUCGUGUCGCUUUUGCGAUGGAUAAAAAUACAAAUAAAUCGAGUUCCCAGGAUUUGCUGUCAUGGGGCAGUGGUGGAGGUCUUUCUGAGAAGUUACUCCUUAAACCAGCGACUGGCCUGAAGACUGAAAGGGUUCCACCAAGCAGCGUGAUGGGGCGUCUGCAGAGUUUCCUCCCGCAGAUUGCAGAAGCCAAUCAAAAGCUCAAGCAGCAGAUGGAGGGAUCUUCUGCAGCACACUUCGACAUAGAGAAUGUCGAGGAGGCGGAAAAAGUGAUAGAGAUGGACGUUGCGCUGGUGGAGCUCAGCGACUCUGAGGAUGAAGAGGACGCAUCAGCCUCUGAUGAGGACUCCCAUGAUGAGAGUGAUUUAACUGAAGAGAACUUCAAACUACCAGGACACAACAGAGGCAAUAAGGACAAAAUCAACAUCCAGGUUGUGGAGCAGCCAGUGGACUAGAUGUAGGACUUUAUACCAUCAAUGGGACUUCUAUAAGUUGAUGAAAAAAGUAUUUGUACAGAAAGAUGCAGAGCUUCCUCAUCCCCAUGGGAACAGUUUGCGCCUUUAGAGCAGUGAUUCCCAACCGCUUUGGCCGCGGCAUCCAAUUUCACCAAUGAAAUGUAACAAUGAAAUGCUCUUCCACUAAAUGGCAGAAGGUACAUUAUUAGCUACCUGUUGCCAUUCAUACAACAGAAUAAGUCAAGGUGUGAUUUUUCUUAUGUAAAAUAUGUGCCUUGGUUCAAUAGAGAUCGGGAAACAAUGCUUUAGAGUAUCAUUUGUACAUGUAAUGUCUGUUGUUUUGUUUUUGCCUUUUAAAAAGACAUUUUGAUAGUAAUGCUUGAAAAUAUUGCUACGGUGUGUCUCGAGGGGGGAAAAAAAGCAGGACUGUAGUUGUGCAUCUAGCUUUAAAAAGUCUUAUGAUUUUUGGAAUAAAAGUAUCGACACCA